CCCAUGUUCAGGGCUGGACUGGCCAUCCGACAUGGAGGCCAUUCUCCUGGUGGACUGACUGGUACAGUAUGUUGCUCAGCAAAAUCUAUAGUGGAACAAUCUUGCUGUUCAACAAACGUUAUUGCAGGGGCCCCACAUGGCAAACUCUUCCAGGAGAUCCCAAAAUUCAGAGCUGAUUUUUAAUCCCACUCCAGCCCUGCUCGUGUUUCACAUUCUUAUUUUGGAUUACUUUAGCGUAAUUUAAUACCAUAACCAGAAACUCAACCACUGAAGCUUUGAUGUAUAACCAUGUCAUUUGUUUGUUUUUACAGCUGCGAAUUUCACUGAUGCCACUGGCACAGGCAGAAGUGUGCCACCUGGUGGCAGUAGAGGGUCCUAACUGCUAACUGCGAUCUUUUAUAUCUUGCGUUUACAGGAAGGAAUAUUAUGCAACAGAAUUCUAUCAAAAUUGGAGUCUGUUGAAUAAUUUUAUUAGUAUUCUUGCAGUCCAAUAACUAUGAUCCCCAACUCAUGUCUUGUAUUAGAUGGAUAACUGCUAAAAAGUCAGGUAUUUCAAAUUUGAGCUUUGUGAGGAGUGCUUGUUGACUGACAAACUUGCUCACAAAAUAAGCUGACAAAAUAAGAAAAAGUGAAAAGUUUUAAAAUAAGGCGUCCAUAAGAAGCUAUCCUACCCUGACAUGCUCUCAUUAUGCAUCAGCUGUAUCCCACCAGUACAGUUUUCUGAGAUCUUACUUCCCCAAAAUCCUACAAUUUCUCCAUCCACGAGCCCCCAAACAGAGGCAGAUGCCGUCCUUGUAACCAAUAAUAUCAAACUCUCAACUGCCACUGGGAAGCUUGCAGUCUGUAUCUCCGUUCAGGAGUGAACUCUCGCAUAAUAGGUAUCAUCAAUUAUGCAUUUGCUGGCUCUGCCACCGCUGAGAGAGAAAGGACAGAUGUGGAUCCAGGACGGUUUUCCAGGUGCAGCUUUUUCUCGAUAUUCUAUGGACUUUGGGAGCAGCGCUUUCACUGACCGAUUCUAAGGUGAACCUGAGCUGGCAAACAGCAUGGCGAGGCUGCACCUUCGGACACCGGUAACACGAGAGAUCUUUCCAAGAUGGUGGACUUCAGUGAGGGACGGUCAAUGAAAGAUGUUUACCAUCAGAAGUUUGCCAACGAUGAGAUACAGAGAAGUGGGUGAGGAAGAUGGUGUGGAGGACAUGACCCAGCUGGAGGAUCUCAGUGAAGGUGCGGUCCUGAUGAAUUUAAAGAAGCGAUUUGAUCAGCAACUAAUCUACACCUAUAUUGGAAGCAUCCUGGUGUCAGUAAAUCCAUACAAGAUGUUGAAUAUCUACGGCACAGAUCAGGCACUGCAAUACGAGGGACAUACACUGGGAGAGAAUCCCCCCCAUUUGUUUGCAAUUGCAAAUGUGUGUUACACGACGAUGAUGGAUGCCAAACAGAACCAGUGCAUUAUUAUCAGUGGUGAAAGCGGCUCGGGCAAGACGGAAGCUACCAAGCUCGUGCUGCGAUACUUGGCAGCGGUACAUUACAAGCGAAACAUCACGCAGCAGAUUCUUGAGGCCACUCCCUUGUUAGAGUCUUUUGGAAACGCCAAAACUGUCAAAAACGAUAAUUCAAGUCGGUUUGGAAAAUAUGUGGAAAUCUUUAUGGAGGAGGGUGUGAUCAGCGGUGCCAUAACCUCGCAGUACCUCCUUGAGAAGUCCAGGAUUGUGUUUCAGGCCAAAAAUGAAAGAAACUACCACAUUUUCUACGAGAUGUUGGCUGGCCUCCCUUCCCAGCAGAGGAGGUUGUUCUACCUUCAGGAGGCAGAGACUUACUAUUACCUCAACCAGGGAGGUAAUUGUGAGAUCCCUGGUAAAAGCGAUGAAGACGAUUUCCACAGGGUCCUUGGCGCCAUGGAGAUCCUCAGCUUCAGCGCUGAAGACCAGAACAGCAUCUUUAGAGUCCUGUCUUCUAUCCUCCACCUGGGAAAUGUGUUCUUUGAGCGCUAUGAGGCCGAUUCCCAGGAGAUGGCAUCAGUGGUGAGUGCGAAAGAGAUCCGUGUGGUGGCUGAACUGCUGCAGAUCUCACCAGAAGGGCUUCAGAAAUCCAUCACUUUCAAAGUGACGGAGACAAUGAGAGAGAAGAUAUAUACCCCUCUAACAGUGGAGAGUGCGGUUGAUGCCAGAGAUGCAGUUGCCAAGAUCCUGUACUCCCUUCUGUUCAACUGGCUCACAGACAGAAUAAAUGGUCUAGUUUAUCCAAGAAAUGAGUCCUUUUCCAUCUCUAUACUUGAUAUUUAUGGAUUUGAGGAUCUCGCAUUUAACAGCUUUGAACAGCUGUGCAUCAACUAUGCAAAUGAGUAUCUACAAUUCUUUUUCAAUAAGAUAAUAUUCAGGGAGGAGCAGGAUGAAUAUAUGAGAGAGCAGAUCAGUUGGAAUGAAGUGCCUUUCAGCAACAAUCAGGACUGUAUUGACCUCAUUGCCUCAAAGCCUUAUGGGAUACUUCGAAUUCUCGAUGACCAGAGUUGCUUCCCUCAGGCCACAGACCACACUUUCCUCCAGAAGUGUCACUACCACCAUGGAAACAACCCACUUUAUGCGAAGCCAAAGAUGCCCCAGCCUGAAUUCGCCAUUAAACAUUACGCUGGAAAAGUCACUUACCAGGCACACAAGUUCCUGGAUAAAAACUACGAUAACGUGCGGCAGGAUGUCCUGGAUCUCUUCACUCAGAGCAAAAACCGGAUGGUGGCAAACCUCUUCCUGAAACACACCGGCAUCCUGGCCAGACAGAGGUCCCUCUCGGGGAAGAGCAGCAUCGUCUCACGCCGCAUUCCGCCCUCCACGGUGGCGGCCAAGUUCCAGCAGUCCCUCCUGGAGCUCGUGGAUAAGAUGGAGAGGUGCAACCCUUUUUUUGUACGCUGCAUAAAACCCAACAAUAAAAAGGAACCUGGUGUAUUUGACACCGAGCUGGUCAGCACCCAGCUUCGGUAUUCUGGAAUCCUGCAGACGAUUAGGAUCCGGAAGGAAGGGUACCCGAUCAGAGUGCUUUUCCGUGAUUUUCUCAAUAGGUACAAAGCCCUGCUGGGAUUGCGAUGUCCUCCACCCAUGGACGGAGAGAAUUGUGUCGCCAUGUUGAAAAAGCUCUGCCUGGUCAAGAAAGCGGACUAUCAAGUUGGGGUCACCAAGAUCUUCAUGAAGGAGGACCUGUACCAGCUGCUGGAGAGCAAGCGGGACCGUGUGAUGCACGUAGCGGCCCUCACGCUGCAGCGCUAUUACCGCGUGUACCUCCUCCACAAACAGUUCACGUCUCUGCGCGUCACGGUCAUCAGACUCCAGGCCCAGUGCCGCGGCUUUCUCGUCCGGAUGCGUAUCGUGAAGAUGAGACGAAGCCUGAUCAGGUUCCGAGCUUUGGUCAACGUCUAUGUGAACCAAAAGAGAAACAUUGAGGUAAAGCUGGCAUCUGUGAGGCAAGCAGAGGCCGAAAGGAUGCAAAUCGAAAUGGAGCUGAUGAGGCGGAGAGUGGUCGAUGUCACCCACCUACCCAUCCCAGCGGAGCUCGGCGGACUCCUACAGGCCUUGGCAGCUGGCAAAGAGCUGCAUUCGGAUUGCCUUGCUCUGGUCCAGGCCCCAAAGAUACAGGUGGAGUCUCAGCUUACGCUACCACUUGACAUUAACAACUACCUCAUCUCCAGAUAUAUCCAGACUCACUUUAGGGAACCAAAGUUUGGAAUGUUGACUGAACCACUUGAAGCCCCUUUGACGCAUUUGGAUGAGGAGUUGAAACAAGAAGCUCUGGACAUCUUCUUAAUGAUUUUAAGGUUUAUGGGAGACCCACAUCUCAAUGGAGCUCAGGAGAACCUGUUUGGGAACUACAUCAUCCAGAGGGGCUUGUCUAUCCAGGGGCUGAGGGAUGAAAUCCUAUUUCAAAUUGCCAACCAAGUCUGGAGAAACGACAACUCUGCCAACUCGGAGAGGGGCUGGCUGCUCCUCUCUGCCUGCUUGAGCGCAUUUGCACCGUCUAAAAAAAUGGACAAAUAUCUUCUAAAGUAUGUUUCAGACUAUGCCUACAAUGGCUUCAAAGCUGUUUGCCAACACAGACUUAUACAAGCUAUGCAGAAGUCCAAGCAUGACCCAGGGACUGCCAGAACCUACCCACCAUCUCUGCUGGAGUGGACAGCCAAUAGGAAAAGAGCAAACAUGGUUUUGCAGGUUCAUUGUUUUGAUGGGGCCUCCUUCCUGUGUCCUCUUCAUUCCUGGACCAAUGGAGAGGAGUUGGCAGGAGACGUACUCCGGCACAGGGGAGUACUGGAUGGCCGCAGAGGCUGGUCAGUCCUCCUGAAGGAGCACAGAAACCGUGUAGAACUACAGGGGCAUGACUACGUCAUGGACCUCAUAUGUGACCUAGAACUAAUGGCCGACUUCCCAAGGCAGAAGUCCUACUUCAUCUCCUCUUCAGAAGAUCCAUCCCAGACCAAGUUCGAUGGCCGCAUCAGCCUGUUUGGGAGUGGUUUUGAAUCUGAUGAAGAAGGACCACUCUCCCACACAAGAUAUCCAGCUAUGCACAGCCUGCCUGACUCAGAGGGGUACCACAGCCAUGCGGAAAAUGACAUGAUGGCGGACGUCCCCACGCAGAGAGGUUUGGACCGGUACCUUGACAGCCUGUUUGACCCGGUCCUCUCGUAUGGCAAUGGGGACCUGGACAAGCCGACCAGCAUCUCCAGCCGGAUGAAGGGUGGCGGUGGAGUCGGUGGGGGCGAGAGGGGGGGCGCGCCGUCUGCCGCAGGCACGUCUUACCGGCCCAACUGGCAGUCUGGCGCCGUGCAAGUGCUGCCCAGGGUAGGCGGGGCUGUACCAGGCGUGCCAGGCAUGUCCACUGUACCACCGACGCCCAAUGUGCCAACACUGCCAGGUGCUGAACAGACUGUUCUGACCCCACAGCAGCAAGCCGUCAUUAACCAGCAGGCCAUCAUCAUUGCCCAGCAGAUGACCAUGCAGGCCAUGGCCAUAGUCUCCAGCCCCAUGACCAGCCCUCCAGGCAGCCCACCAACCAACCCCUACGCCAGGCCCCCCGUCAAUCCCUACACUAACCUUACUAACCCCUAUGCCAGCUGUCUCGCUGACUCGGCCGGCCGGGACCGCUCUGCCAAGAGUGUGUCCCCCCUCCCCCGCGCUGCCGUGGCCGCUCCGGCAAAAGGGACGACACAAGCCCCCGGUCCCCCCAGUGACAAGGAAAAGCCUCAGCGCUCCGGUCAGGAUGUGGUGAGAUCCUCCGCCACCAACUCGGAGCACACAGAGCCAACACACAGCAUCAAGGACAUCAUCAAACAGUACCAGCCGACCCCAGCCACCAAACCCGCCGAGAUUAAAAGGAAAGAAGGCAAAGUGUUUGUGAAGAAGAUGAACCCCCAUGAUGAAGCCAUGAUGAUCCUGAAAGGACAGAUGAACACUCAGCCACCUGAGCUCAGAAAGCCAAUAGCCUCCAUUACUGCAGUAUCUUCAUUAAAGGAACAGAACAUGGAUGAGGAAAGAGUUCUGAGGCGUCCCAGAAGCAUCAGGACGAUACGGGCCCAGACGCUGGUUCCGCUGAGCUUUCAGGGAGCCUGUGCGCCUCCUACAGUGUCCCGAGAGCUGCCAGUGGAGGGAGAGGACAUCCAGACCCAGCUGCACAGGAGGAUCAACGAGGACCACUACACCUACACCAACGUGCCCUGGAAGGUCUACCUCCGGAAGGAGGUUUUCUACCCAAAGGAGAGCUUUAACAGUCCGCUAGUACUGGAUCUUAUAUUCAGACAGAUCAUCAGUGAUACCUUCUCAGAGGCCUGUAUCCGCAUCAGCAAGGAGGAGAGACUCAAAAUGAAAUCUCUCUUCGCCGAGCACCGGAUCGAUUCAGGGACUCUCAGCCAGGAUGAUGGUGUGAAGAAAAAGGUGGUCACGACCGCGCGCGAUUCCUGGGACAUUUACUUCUCACGCCUGUUCCCGGCCUCCGGCAGUGUGGGCACUGGCGUGCAGGUCCUCGCCGUCUCCCACAGUGGGAUCAAACUCCUCAGGAUGGUAAAGAGCAGCGCAGCCGAUCUGGACUACUUCAGGGUCCUACGGCCCUACAGCUAUACGGACAUCAUGUUCCUCACCAUCCCCUCAAGGAACAUGCUGGAGAUCAACCUGACCAAUGAGAAGCUGAUACUGUUCUCCCCUAAAGCCUCUCAGGUCAAAGCUAUGGUGGACUUCUUCAUCACCGAGCUCAAGAAAGAUUCAGACUGUGUGGUGGCCGUACAGAAUUACAUCACAGAUGAGAGGACACUUCUGAGCUUCCAUAAGGGGGACAUCAUCCGACUGCAGGCCCUGGAUGGAUUGCAGGAAGGUCAGUACUACGGAUGUGUCGUGAGGAAGAAGGUGAUGUAUUUAGAAGGAUUGAAGAAAGACACCCCUGACUUUGGCUGGAGGUUUGGCGCGAUCCAUGGCCGUUCAGGGAUAUUCCCUGCAGAACUCGUCCAGCCUGUGGCAGCACCGGACUUCAUCAAUCUGCCCGUGGACAGGAAGGAGAAGCCAAAGAACAGGCAAGGUCAGGUGGCGGCAUCUGCUGCAGUUGUUGUGGCUGUGGCCUCAUCUGUAGCUGCCCACGAACUGGAUCAUUCCAUUGAGGUGGCGCUCAAUGUCAGUGAUUACCACGAGGAUUGCGGUGACAACAAUAAUUCCGAUCUGGAUGAGUCUGUGCUGCAGGACAGCCAAUACAACCUAGUGGAGUUUGCCAAGAAGUACUUCAGAGGAGCCCAGGCGAGAAAUAGUGAUUCAUACAGAAAGAAGUCCAAGAAGAGCAAAGAUUUGAGAGAACCUUCUGACAUGGUGAAAUACUCCAAGUUCCCGAUCCAGGAGUCUUUAAUAGACUUCACAGAUGUUAACAUAAACAGAGUCGCUGUGGACAUUUUCCUGGCUAUUAUGAAGUUUAUGGGCGACCAGCCCCCAAGAGGUCAGACAGAACAAGAUGUGGUCUGUCAGUUUCUGAAGCUAACUGGGGAGUAUGGACCAUUGAAGGAUGAAGCUUACUGCCAGCUCCUCAAGCAGAUCACUGCAAACACGAGUUCGAAACUGGACAGCUCUCAGAAGGGUUGGAGGCUGCUCUACAUCCUCUCAGCCUACUACCGCUGCUCAGAGGUGAUGAAGCCCUACCUCCUGAGGUUUCUGCAGGACACCUCUAAAGGGCCCGGCGUUCUCUUCCAAGGAAUCGCUAAAGCUUGUGAGCAAAAUCUCAGAAAGACGUUCCAGUGUGGUGGACGCCGAGUGUUCCCCGGAAACAUGGAACUGAAGGCCAUGGUGGCGGGACGAAGCUCCAAGCGGCAGUUGAUUCUCAUUCCUGGAGGAAUCGAGCGCCAUCUCAAAAUCAAAACGUGCACCGUUGCAUUGGAUGUUAUAGAAGAAAUUUGUUAUGAGAUGGGACUACAAAAAGCAGAGGCAAUGCAGGAGUAUGCCAUUUUUGUGGUCACCAACAAAGGCCAGCAUGUACGCCCACUGAACAAGAAAGAGUACAUUCUGGACAUCGCUACGGAGGCUGAGCAGACUGACAGCAGCUACAGCUUCUGGUUUAGGAGGGUGAUCUGGUCCCAACCACUGAAGUUUGACAACGAGCUUUGUGUCACUAUGCACUUCAACCAGGUGCUUCCUGACUACCUAAAGGGCCUGCUCAGCGUCCUGCCCCAGGGGAAGCUCAGCGAGCAGCAAUGUCAGCAAAUAUGCAAGCUAGGUGCACUGCAACACCGUGCAAAGGACAGCAUCUACCUGCCCACCAUCCGUGAGGUUCAGGACUGCGUUCCAGCUAAGUUCUUUGGGUUACAGCGCCCUCAACAGUGGUUAAACAUGGUGAUUCAACACAUGCAGCAGGUCCAAGCCCUGAGCCCUCACCAGGCCAGAGCACAAUUCCUAGGGCUGGUGAGCGCCUUCUCCAUGUUCGGCUCAUCCUUCUUCUUCAUCCAGAGCAGCAGCGACAGUUCUAUUGUAACACCAUGCAUACUGGCUGUCAAUCAAAAUGGCCUGAACUUCCUGAACAAGGACUCGCUGGAGCUGAUGGUGAAAUUCCCCCUGAAGGAGGUGCAGUCCACACGCACGCAGAGACCCACAGCUGGCUCCAGCUUCCCCUACGUGGAGGUCAUGCUGGGAGACCUGAUUUCCCAGCACAUCACGCAGCUUCAGCUGGAGCAGGGCCUGGAACUCUGUCGCGUCAUUGCUGUGCACGUGGAGACGAUGCUUUCCGCACGUGAGAGGCGGCUGACCCUCCCCCCCAGCGAAAUCACCUUGCUCUGAUGGGGCUUUAUCCGCAUAGGCUGCAG